CUGAAGUGAUGUAGACCAGGCCAGAGUAGCAGAGGGCAGAAUAGAAACCCUCUCCAAUUCCACUUUAUAUUUGUUUAAAUACUUAUACUUAGAGGGGAAACUGUCAACCAAUCCAAAGUAAAGGACCAAAGAAAAAUUAUGUAUGCUUUUGUGAGGUUCUUGGAAGACGAUAUGUGCUACGCUUUACCUGCUUCAAAUGUGAAAGAUUUUAGACCUCUGCACAAAACAGAUUUUGAUAAUCAGGUGUAUCUGGUUCUCAGAACAGAAGAGAAUGGUGCAGGCCAGCCGGGCAAAGCACAGAUUCUUGCCCUUGCAGAUAACAUUGAUGAGUUUGAACACAAUAUAAUGCAAAAGAAGAUGAAAAUUCCUAAGAUGUCGACAAGGAAUAUGGGAAUUUCAGUUGAGAACCACUUUGGGGAGGAACGACUGCCAUUGAGGCAUAAAAAGGCCCAGACACAGGACCAUGGGCGUCCCACAGCCAACUCCUCGAAGAGCCUGGCAGCGGUGGUGGCCCGCCUGGAGAGAAACGCUGUGAGUUCCUGCAUAGAGGGAGAUGAUGACCUGGAGGAGGACAGGCUGGCUGAGUUGGAAGAGGAGGAGGGGGACUCUGGACCUGAGAAGGCGGUGGUACCGCGGGUUCUGUAUGAGGAGCUGGUCCACAGCUACAGGCAGCAGGAGGAGGAGGUGAGGAGGCUACAGCAGGAGCUGGAGAGAACCCGCAGGCAGCUGGUCCAGCAGGCCAAGAAGCUGAAGGAGUAUGGCAGCCUGCUGACAGAGGUGAAGGAGCUGCGUGACUUCAACAGGAGGCUGCAGGACGUACUCCUCAUGAGGCUCGGCAGCGGUGAGAGUCACACACUCUCCAGUCACCUCUCACUGCAGCCUGCUUUGCACAUCUGUUCAGAGGGAGAGAAACCAAAAACCUACAGUCAUCUCAUGGGUCUCCCAGUUGAGGCCGGCACGGAGCCUAUGCAUGACAAUGGCACUCAGACAAUCAAAGCGGAGGUGGUGGAGCCCGUCGUUGAGCCACAGGAAGUGUGCAGAGAAGAGGCCAAUACCAGCUCCAGCCACUCACCCUCCCCUAGAACAGUCUACACUUGUAAUGAUGGCAAGGUGCACCUGGGCGGGGGCAUCUGGGUGCAGGAAGAGAAGUGGCACCAGCUACAGCGGACACAGGGAGACUCCAAGUUUACCAAAAACCUGGCCGUCAUGAUCUGGGGCACUGAGACCCUCAAGAACAGAAGUGUCACUGGCGUGGCCACCAAAAAGAAGAAAGAUGCCCUUCCCAAGCCCCCGCUCUCCCCAAGCAAGCUGAAAAUAGUCAGAGAGUGUCUGUAUGACAGAGUGUCUCAAGAAACAGCAGACAGCACAGAGAUCACACAAAGAUUGUCCAAAGUGAACAAAUACAUUUGUGAAAAAAUUAUGGAUAUCAACAAAUCCAUCAAGAACGAGGAAAGGCGGGAAUCGAAGCUGCUCAUUAGACAAACUGUCAAGAACGAGAAUUUUACCUAUGAUGGCAUGUAGUGUCAUAAAGUUGUCACCAUACUGUACCUCUCAUUUUCUGGUGAGUAGGAUCAUGUGUGCCAGCACUAGAGGUUUUAGUGAGGGCCCAAGGCCCUAAACAAUCCAUCAGCUGUAACAGCUUUACCUACCAGUCAAUGCCAUGAGUGGUUGAGUGCUUUGGUGUGAGUCAUAUGAACGGGUGUGAGUAUUUUUACAAGCUUUAAGUAGGACUUUCUUGAACUGCACUGUUGGUUAAGGGCUUGUAAGUAAGCAUUUCACGGUAAGGUCUACAUGUUGUAUUCGGCGCAUGUGACCAAAUUUGAUUUGGCUGGGUGGACCUGGGUUUUUAGAGAUGUUUUUGUGUGGAGAGAUUCUUAAAGCAAUCUGGUUGUUAGAGAAUGCAGUCGCGCUCAAACCAAAUGUUCUGUGUCAGAACAUGACAUUGAGUACUAAUAUUCUCAAUGAUUUCCCUUGAAAAAUAAGUAUUCUGGUUGUAAGAAGAUAUUUUGGAAUCAUGUUCGUGUGUGUGGUGGAAAGGUUAGCCAUGACGAAGGCCUUAGUGUUGAGGUCUCUGUGUGUGCUAUUGUUACUUAAUGUGUUUUGGGGAGGAUGUAAAGAUGCACUUUUACAACAAGGUCUUAAUUGAUCGAGGCCACAUUGCACAGAUAUUCUGUUGCCCUAGAGAUUAUUGCUGUGUAUCUUCCAUGGAAAUAUGGAUUUCCAUAGUAUAGAGCACCAAUGAACAUUAAGAGUUUGGUUCAGAGGUUUAUCAUUGUUUCAGUGCGGUGCUUGUCCACGUUAGACUGGCAACGGUCUUGAGAAGAUACAAUAUGUUAUUUUCUGGAUACUUGGUUUACAGUAUUUAUCUAUCCUACUUGAGAGAUCCAAUUUAAGAAUGGGAAAUGUCAGAAUAAUAGUAGAGAUUUAUUUCAGCUUUUAUUUCUUUCAUCACAUUCCCAGUGGGUCAGAAGUUUACAAACUCAAUUAGUAU